AUGUCAACAACACAGGAUCGGUCUCCUCCGGAGGCCGACUCCCAACAAGCUGGAAAAAAUGACAAGGUUCAGCCUCAGCCAACCAAAGAAAGUAAAGAAAAGAACGUCAAGAGUGAGGCGGCGGAAGCAUCAAAACCAUCUAAACUUUCUGGUGCGGAAUUGAAAGCAAAGGCCAAGGCAGAAAAAGCUGCAAGACGAGCACAAGUAAAGGUAUCGAAGGAAGUUGCAAAGGGUGAAGCGGCUGUGUCGUCCUCUCCUGGACCAUUAGGUCCAUCUGCUGGCGAAAUUAAGGGCGGGAAAUCAAAGGGGAAGCAAGAUGGUGCAGCGACAACUCCGGCAGCAGGAAAACAAGCAGUGUCAAAGGGGCCUGCAUCUGUGGUUCCUAUUGAACCCAAAUUCACGAUACCUGAAUGCUUUAGCCAUCUUUCUAUGGCCAAGAGGAUUCCUAUAACCCAGGCAGACAAGGACGUUCAUCCUACCGUUCUUGCAUUGGGCCAACAAAUGGCUACAUUCACGAUUGACGAAAGCAUCACACGAUUAAAAGCAACCCUGCUAGCCUUUAAAAAGGUCAUCGAUUCAUAUACCACUCCUCCCGGCAACACACUUGCAAGACAUCUAACGCCCCAUGUCUUAAAUCCUCAGAUUGAAUAUCUCACUGCAUGUCGACCUAUGUGCUUUUCUAUGGGAAAUGCAAUCCGCUGGCUCAAAUUGCAAGUUAGCAAGAUCGAUCCUGAUGUUCCUGAACUGGAGGCCAAGAAACAGCUGUGUAGCAGCAUCGACACAUUCAUACAGGAACGAAUCAGCAUGGCCGAUCUUGUAAUUACUGAGAAAGCCACGGAAAAGAUCCAGAACGGAGAUGUCAUACUGACAUUUGGAUGGAGUAGUAUUAUCGAGCGCACCCUCGUUCAAGCCCACCGAUUCGCCGAAAGAAAAUUCAGUGUCGUUAUCCUUGAUGACCCUUAUGAAAAGAAGGGCCAAACGCUAGCAAAGAACCUGGCUGCAUCGGAAAUCAAGGUGUCUUAUUAUGGAGACUUUGGUGGGUUGAGAUGCCAUCUCCCAAGCGUCAACAAGAUCUUCGUCUCUGCUGAGUCCAUGUUCAACAACGGAUCCAUGUAUGCUCGUUCAGGAACUUGCGACCUCGCCAUUGCUGCAAAGCAGUUAGAUAUACCUGUUCUUGUCCUAUGCGAGUCUAUCAAUAUCACCGAGCGGGUUUCCACAGAUUCCCUUACAUACAACGAGAUCGACCCGGAACGAAGUUCAAGCGCAUCAUUUAGGCUCUUAUAUGACACCACUCCGGACAAAUACUUGUCACUGGUCAUCUCGGAGUUAGGAACUGUACAGCCUACGUCAGUACCGGAUUUGCUACGGAAACUAGAGGAGUCCAACUAG